UAGGUUCGCCACACUCUCACACAAAGCAAACAAAGUAAAAAAAGAAAAGUAAAUCAUGGCACUUUCGUCCUCUUGUUCAACGCUCAAAGCCGUUAACUCACGGUGGACGUCUCCACGUCCAUCACCAGUACCAAAACUCGCCGCCCUCCGUCGUCACUCUCUGUUACCAGAGCUCCGUUACACACCGAACGUCAAGCUAACGGCGACUAACGCCUUGAGAACCGUCGAGCAAACGACGUUAACUGAGGAUCAGAAACUCUCUGCCUACGGAUCUGACCAGGAGGAUCUAGCUUCGCUUCCAAAGCCGAGGAUCCUCGUCGCCGAGAAGCUAGGAGAAGCCGGGGUGAGCCUCCUCCGUGAAUUCGGCGACGUGGACUGCUCUUACGAGCUUUCGCCGGAGGAUCUGAAGAAGAAAGUGGCGGAGAGCGACGCGCUGAUCGUGAGAAGCGGAACGAAAGUGACGAGGGAAGUGUUCGAGGCGGCGAAGGGGAGGUUGAAGGUGGUGGGAAGAGCCGGAGUUGGGAUCGACAAUGUUGAUCUGCAAGCUGCGACGGAGCACGGUUGUCUGGUGGUUAAUGCGCCAACGGCUAACACGGUGGCUGCAGCUGAACACGGUAUCGCUUUGCUUGCUUCCAUGGCACGAAACGUCGCUCAGGCUGACGCUUCCAUUAAAGCCGGAAAAUGGGAGAGGAGCAAGUACGUCGGAGUAUCACUCGUCGGAAAAACAUUAGCCAUAAUGGGCUUCGGAAAAGUCGGAACAGAGGUAGCGAGGCGAGCCAAGGGACUCGGCAUGAACGUUAUCUCCCACGACCCUUACGCUCCAGCAGACAGAGCCAGAGCUCUCGGCGUCGAACUCGUCUCUUUCGACCAAGCUAUCUCCACCGCCGACUUCAUCUCCCUGCACAUGCCCUUAACUCCCGCCACGAAGAAGGUUUUCAACGACGAAACCUUCUCCAAGAUGAAGAAGGGUGUUCGUCUCGUUAAUGUAGCUAGAGGCGGCGUCAUCGAUGAGGAUGCGUUAGUUAGGGCUCUUGACUCGGGAGUUGUGGCCCAGGCAGCGUUGGAUGUGUUCUGUGAGGAGCCACCAUCGAAAGAGAGUAGAUUGAUUCAACAUGAGAAUGUUACAGUCACACCUCAUCUCGGAGCUAGCACCAAAGAGGCACAGGUAUAUACAUACACUUAGGCAUGCCGGUUCAGUUUUCGGGUAAUUUAGUUCGACCAAAAUCAUACUGAAUUAAACCAGAAAAAGUUUGGUUCGAUUUGGUUUGGUAUUCAGGUAGUUCGAUUUUUAAUUUCUUUUUACCAAAACUAACCAAAGUUUUUGGUUUCAAUAUGUUGGUUUAAAGUCAAGUAAAUUGAUUUCGAUUAGUUUGAUUAAUUCGGUUUGAUAUUUUAGUUAAUUCAGUUCGAAAUUUGGUUUAUAAUUUUU